UUGUCCGUUAUCAGUAAUCGAGUCGUCAGUUCUGUUUGUCUGUAGCAGAAAGACGUCUCCACCACCUCUACUGCGACAUGUACGUGUACGGACUGUUACUCCUUGGGUUGGUGGCAUCAGCAGAGAGUUUCUGUUUUGUUGACAAAGUGUACACGGACGUGUCCAAAUAUGGAUCAAUCACACAAUACUGCAUGUACAAAGGGCUGAAGAUGCAGGUCGGAUCUCACCUGAAGACAGCCGACUGUAUUGAGUGCAACUGCAACGAUACUGGUCUAGGCUGUUGUGGAUUCGGCAUCAAGGCGGGCGUUGUGCAGCCUCCACCUGGGUGUAAGGUCGUCGCUGAUGGAUGCAAGAUGUUGCUGGUGAAAGCUGACGAUGACACGAAAGACUGCAGCUCUGGAGAGUCUCUUAUAAAACCGUAGAGAGUCCCCCCUCCCCCCUUCCCGACGUCUCCUGUCUUGCAUGCGUAUUAAUUUGUAUAAAUGCGAAUUAUUGUGUCUCGUAGCAUUUACUAUUCCUAAAAGGUAAUUGUGGAAUAAAUAUACGACGUCAACGCCAA